CUGGCCCCGCCCAAAAGAAACUGUCGAGCACAGAACCUACCAUUUGCGGCCACGCGGGUUUCAAGCCCUCUGCCUGUUCGCGGGUUACACAAGACGGACGGAGCUGUCUGAUUUGGCACAUUCAUUGAAUACGUUUAAAAUCGCAAAAUUAUCAUUUGUGCUCAGUGGGACGAGAAGAGGUGCUUUAAAUCCGUUCAAACGACCAACGACACCACCCAGGACCGGCUUCCUUUAGACGUGUGAUCGGACAUCUUUAGUGCUCAAGUGGAAGAAGACUGCAGCCAUGUCAGCCAACGUUCACAUCAACAGCUCUAAUGUGAAAUACACAGAUACACACAUUGUGUCUCAGUAUCCCUACCAGACCACAUCAGUUCAGAGAGAUGGGAACAAAGUAACAGUGACCCCCCAUACCACCAAUAUGACAUUUCGCACAGAGAGGCAAGUGCCCCGGCUGGGUGUGAUGCUGGUGGGCUGGGGAGGCAACAACGGGACCACAGUGACAGCAGCUGUAUUGGCCAACAGGCUGGGUCUCACCUGGAGAACCAAGACUGGAAUGAAGAAAGCAAACUACUUUGGCUCCCUGCUGCAGGCGUCUACUGUUUGUCUGGGGUCAGGGCUUGAGGGCGAGGUCAAUGUGCCCCUCUGUGACCUCUUACCCAUGGUGCAGCCUAAUGAUAUAGUCUUUGACGGCUGGGAUAUCUCGUCAAUGGAUCUUGGCAGAGCGAUGGAGAGAGCUCAGGUGUUCGACUGGUCAUUACAAGAGCAGCUGCGGCCACACAUGAGCCGCCUGAAACCCAGACCGUCCAUCUAUAUCCCAGAAUUCAUCGCUGCAAACCAAGCGAGUCGGGCGGACAACGUCCUCACCGGAAGCAUGGCGGAGCAGAUGGAGCAGAUCAGAGCUGACAUAAGGGACUUCCGUCUAUCAAGUGGUGUGGACAAAGUCAUCGUUCUGUGGACCGCCAACACUGAGCGCUUCUGUGAUGUCAUACCGGGGGUCAAUGACAAGGCAAAGAACCUGCUUGCUGCAAUCCAGACUGGAGCAGAAGUCUCUCCCUCCACCCUGUUUGCUGUGGCCAGUAUACUGGAGGGUUGUGCCUACAUCAACGGCUCUCCCCAGAACACUUUUGUACCGGGGGCCAUAGAGCUGGCCGUGCAGAAGGGGGUGUUCAUUGGGGGAGAUGACUUCAAAUCCGGUCAGACCAAGGUUAAAUCAGUGCUGGUGGACUUCCUGGUCAGCUCAGGUAUCAAGCCGACCUCCAUUGUCAGCUACAAUCACCUUGGCAACAACGAUGGGAAGAACCUGUCGGCUCCACAGCAGUUUCGCUCUAAAGAGAUCUCCAAGAGCAACGUGGUGGAUGACAUGGUCCAGUCAAACUCCAUAUUGUACCAGCCUGGAGAAAAACCUGACCACUGUGUGGUGAUUAAGUAUGUCCCCUAUGUGGGAGACAGUAAGCGUGCUAUGGAUGAAUACACAUCUGAAAUAAUGAUGGGAGGGACCAAUACUAUCGCGCUCCACAACACCUGUGAGGACUCUCUACUAGCCACUCCAAUCAUUCUGGACCUGGUGAUCCUGACAGAGCUCUGUCAGCGCAUUACUAUCCGACCCCAGGGGGAGGAGGACUUCCAGUCCUUCCACAGUGUCUUAGCAGUGCUCUCCUUCCUCUGCAAGGCCCCCCUGGUCCCACCUGGGACACCGGUCAUCAAUGCCUUCUUCCGCCAGAGGGCCUGCAUAGAAAACAUCAUGAGAGCCUGCCUCGGCCUUCCUCCUCAGAACCACAUGCUGCUGGAGCACAAGCUGCAGAGAGACUUCCUGCCUCCAUAUACCACCUACGUCAAUGGCAAUGUGGCUGCUUUGAAGAAAGCUUCCCUCACCAACGGGAACCAUAUACCUCUAACAAACGGCAUCCAUAAUGAUGCAACUCAUGCAUUAUGACCGUAAAAACAACACUACUGCACAAGAUUGAACUCUAACUUUAUAUGAUCUUAAACUUGAUAUCUUGUGUAAAAAGAACAAACGUUAUCAAUAAUCUACCAUUGCAAAACAAACUACACUGGUUUAACAACUUAGCAGAGUAAAUUUAACAUUUAAGAUCAUAGGAAUUCAGCAAGUCUGCCUAUUAAAGAACGGUGUGGAGCUGCAAUAUUUACAUAUCAUACAUGUUGUCCUCUGGUUGUGGUUGUAUAGCUUAAGAGGGUUGUGUGUAUGUGUGUGUAUAUAUAUAUAUAUCUCCCAUAGACUGCACUAAUCUCCACAGAGUGUAACAUAGUUUGAAGCAAGCGAGUUGGUUACAAUGUAGGCCUAAUUAAAAAAUUUUUUUUUUAUAUAUGUAGAAACAGCAUGUAUUGAAUAUUUAAAAAGUCGAUUCUUCUUUUCCUUGUAUCAUUAUUUGACUAGUUGUCUGUGUGCAGUGCAUAUGUUAAACAAAGUCCUUGAAAAUGUUCCUUGAAAUGGGUCAAUAUUAAAUAAGCAAAUGUGCAGCUGUAAAAAAAAAAAAGAACAGAAUAAA